AUGGACAAGACAACACUGCUGCUCUUCGGUGUGGUGGGCCUCUGGCUCCUUGCGACGGGCGAUGGGUUAGUGGAGCAGGUUCUGAAGCCCGUGCCUAUACGGUUUGUACCGCUGCUCGACAUUAAGCAGAAGGUGUUCGAGGCGGGCUUCGAGGUAAUGGAGACCGAUUUGCCCUUCGUGGUGGCCAUCGACUUCAGGGGAAGGAAGGGCAGUUGGUUUUGCGCGGGGGCCAUUCUGGCCCACUGCUGGGUCGUCACGGUGGCCUCGUGCACCAAGCACGCGUCCCACAUCGCCGUCAACUACGGCGCCUACCAGCGCGACAAGUCCCUCUUCACGCAGCACGUCACCAGCAAGGCCGUCCACACCAAUCCCAAGAACAAGGACUUCAAGCACGACCUGGCCCUCAUCCGAACGGGCUAUGUGAGGUUCUCGGACAGGGUGAGAGCCGUGUCUCUGCCCAGCCAGAAGAUCCGCCUGCCCUACAUCGACGAGUGGACAUACUCGGCGGGCUGGGGGCGCCACCACGUCGCCCAGAUGAGCACGAACCAGCUGCGGCUCAUUCAGGUGGAGGCGAAGUCCAACCACUUCUGCCGCAAGAGUGGCUUCGGCCAGAUCAUUCAGGACUCGAUGAUGUGCACCGCCCUGGCUGAAGGGGACAACAGCUGUCUGCUGGACUCGGGGAGUCCCCUGGUCCUGCGCGACCUCCGGGUGAUCGUCGGCGUGGCCUCCUUUGCCAGCCAGCUCGACUGCCGUCAGAACCGGCUGCUGGUCUACACCCGACUCACAGAAUACACGCAGUGGAUACGAUCCCUCAUUAUUGACGAUGUGUGA